GCUCGCACGAUAAUAAUAUUUUGGUGCCAGCAUUUCCAGCCAGCGGAUGCGCUUGCCUGCAGCAGCCCUCGUGCAGUUCGGAAAGCGCUUUUCCUACCCCGUGCAGCAGAAGUUUGACUGCUCGGAAAAACUGGUUUAGUCGAGUAUACGCAUCGGUCGCGCUCGGUCGUGCCCAACACGCAGUCGUGCUCGUCGUCGUCGUGGUGGUGUUGGUGUUGGUAGUGUGUGCGCGCGUCUUCCAGCAAACAGCCCCUUUCCGUUCGUCGUCGUCGUUGUUGUUGUUGUUGUUGUUAGUGCGCUACUAUCGAUUGUUCCGCGGGGUGAGUUUUCGCGUGCCCCGUUGGGUGUACGGUACCCCCAUCCCGUCCCGUUCGGUUAAUCGGCAGUGAAGUGUCGAGCCCCCUCCCGAGAGGUGCCAGUUGCUGGUGCCAUGUGAAGAAUGUGGUGCAAAUUAAAAUUAAUUACAUAUUCAAAAUACAGCCCCGUCCCCCGCCGGCCCACUGCCGAACUGCACCGGUAGGAAAGCUCACAAGCUUGUGCCGUGUUCGCGUUGCCCAGAGUUGUGUGUCCAAGUGUUCAUUUCCUGACCGAAACCGAUUGGCGUUGUUUUUGUAUGGUUGUAUUGCUUGCCACUGUUGAGUUUGUAGUGCCGUGACCGGAAAUCGAUUUCGGGCUGGUCAAUCUCUGAAAGCAUAAAUGCACCUUAGCACCACCACCCCUCCCGCUUCCCGAGUUGGUCAGUUUCGUUCCACUGUGCAGUGAAGUGAUUUGUGCAACGCGAAACGGGAACGCAGUGGAUGUGUGAUUUACCUGUGCGAAAGCAUUUGCGUUUGUGCAGGUGUGUGUCGUAUGAGUGUGUGCGUGUGAGUGUGUGGUUUGUACACAAAUGCGUAAACGCGUAACGCCAACCAGCACCUACUACGAUUGAGGGUCAGGUAGCGGCUUGCUGUACGAACAAACGGCCAACGAAAAAAAAAGAGAGCAAAUCAUCGGUUCGUCCGCAACACAAAAGGGCCAAACCACCGAAGGAAGGGCCCGUUCUGGCUGUCCCGUACAGUAACAACAACAGCCCAAAAUACAACCUAACAUACACCGGAAAGAAACAGAACGGCUUUAAGGACAUCAAUCCCAUUCCCCUUUCGAGUCUACUACCAGCCAACAAGCGCACACAAGCAAUGGAACCGAUGGAAGCCCGCGUUGCGAUGCUGCAGGACCUGAAGAUCCAAUCGUUUGACACGAUUCGCUUCGCUUCCUAUCGCACUGCCUGCAAGCUGCGCUACGUACAGAAAUCUACCAACCUGCAUCUGGUCGACAUCUGGAAUGUAAUUGAGGCGUUCCGCGAAAAUGGACUGAACACGCUCGAGCCCCAGAACGAGGUCAGCGUUAGCCGGCUCGAGACGCUCGUGUCGUCGCUGUACCACAACCUGAACAAACGGCUGCCGCCAACGCAGCAGGUGCACGUCGACUCGAAGGCUAGCCUGCUCCUGAACUGGCUGCUGGCGGCCUACUCCGGCGACAACUCCGGCAAGAUACGCGUCUUCUCGAUCAAGGUUGCGCUCGCGAUCAUGUGCGCCGGCAAGAUGGUCGACAAGCUACGAUAUAUCUUCUCGCAGAUUUCCGACGGUGCCGGCCAGCUAAUACACUGGAAGUUGGGCGAUUUCCUGCGCGAGGUGCUCGCCCUGCCGGCCGCCGUCUUCGAGUCGCCCACCUUCUUCUACAAGGAGGGCCUCGAGUCGGAGAUCUUCCCGGUGGAGAACAAAAUUACGGUGAACGACUUUAUGACCGGCUUCAUGACCGAGCCCGGGCCGGCCUGUCUCGUGUGGAUGCCGCUGCUGCACCGGCUCGCCACGGUCGAGUCCGUCGUCCAUCCGACCGUCUGCUCCGUGUGCAUGAGGGAAAACUUUACCGGCUUCCGGUACCGCUGCCAGCGCUGCCACGGGUAUCAGCUGUGCCAGGACUGCUUCUGGCAGGGGCGCGUCUCGCUGAACCACCAGAACGACCACGAGGUGAAGGAGUACUCGAGCUACAAAAGCCCCAGCAAGCAGAUUGGCCACUCGCUGCGCAAAAGCUUCCGGUGCGUGCCGGACAAACAGAUCCAACCGUUGCCCCGGUUCCCGGAGCAGCCCGAGAAAACGCUCAACCUGUCGCACAUCGUGCCGCCGUCGCCGCUACCCUCGCACAACGGCUUCCCGGACGGUGGCAUACCGGGGCUGUACGAUCGCAGCAGCACGCUGGACUCGCGGGCGACCGGCUUGUCGCUGGACAGCAACGGAACGUCCGGUACGCGCGGUGCCGUUAAUUCCAACGACGAGGAGCACAGACUGAUUGCGCGAUACGCAGCGCGACUAGCACAGGAAUCGCGAACGCCCGGUGGAUCCGCCCCCGACCCAGUACAGAUAGGGCUGGACAGUUCGCGGGCCCAGCGCGAACUGAUCAUGCAGCUCGAAUCGAAGAACAAGGAAAUUAUGCGCGAAAUUCAGAAGCUGCGGCGCCAGCAGGAAGCGGAACAGGUCGCCCCCGAAAGCCCCGCCCUGAUGAACGAGCUGCGCGCGCUGCGCCAGCGCAAGGGCGAGCUGGAGGGGCAUCUCGGUGCGCUGCAGGACUCGCGCCGGCAGCUGAUGGCCCAGCUCGAGGGGCUGAUGCGCAUGCUGAAGAACCAUCAAACGCAAAGCCCUCGCUCGACGCCCAACUCUAGUCCACGGUCGGGCAAAAGCCCACCGAUACCGCAGGGGCCACCAAUGCCAAACCAAGGCGGCCCCCGUCAGGGCCCGAUGAACCCCGGCGGUUCCGGGCUGCCCCCCAAUAUGCCCCCCGGUAUGCUGCCGCCCGGGGUAGGAAUGCACCCGCAAGAUGCGCCCAUGGGCCCCGGCGGCAUGGACAUGCGGGGAUACGCCCCGAACGGAAACAACAAUGGUAGUGGUGGUGGUGGUGGUAACAUCAUUAAUGGCGGCAGUGGUACGCUUGGCACGCGAUCGAACGCCGCCGGAGCGUGUCCGCCGGCCGGUGGCCGGUCGGAUCUGCACUACGCGGCCGAUUCCGUUUCCACCGCGAUGUCCUCGCUGGUGCGCGAGCUUAACUCAGACUUUGACGAGAUGCACAUGACAACGCAUGAGUGGAGCGAAAAGGAUAAUACUCAAUGGCAGGAACAGUUUGCUGCCUGGAGCCUUAACUCGCAAAACCAAUGAGCGGCCAAUGGACCGUGCAAUACAAGCAGCAAAUGAAGGGCGCUACAAGCAAUCGUUGGAGGAAGAUCAAACGAUCGCACGGCACGCCUAACGCGCGAGCGGAAGUUAAUUUUUAGUGUAUCACUAAGGAUAAAACACAAUUUCAGACAGCUCUAUUACCUUAUCGCAUCGCAACACACAUUGUCAUUAGCGUUACACAUUAGCGCGUACGGAUACUUAAGGCUUUGUUUUUGUUGUUUGUAUUUUACAUGUAUUGUACCUAUUUUUUAACGUGUUUCCCUUCACAAAUGGGGUGGUUUCACAGAAGCGUACAAGAACUUCUUCGAAUACAGAUAUGUUUGAAGCAAUAAUGCAAAAGCGCAACACAUGCAUUCCAGGCAUAAGGUAAGAUCAUGCAAAUGGAAAGGAACACAGUUUUAGUGAUACAAGACGAACAGGUCUUGUUAGGGUUAGUAUUGUUACGAAAGCGUUAUAUGGACUUGAAGCAAGCUCUAGAUGCAGCCACACAGCCUCUUGCCAGAACUAAGAAACAUCUUUGAUUUCAAUCACUCUAUUCAACGGUACCCAGUUAGCGGUAGUUUUAAAAAUGGUAAUUUAUCUGCUUUACCUCAAUUGUGGUCUUCCAAGCUACUUAUCUAACUAUAGUUUAAUUUUUAAUAUUUUAUAAUUUAAUAUAAGAUCACUAGGAAUGAUGUUUUAAAACAACAACCAAUCAAACUAUUAUUUUAUAAGUUACUGCGGGAAAGUUGCUUCGGUUUCCUUACAGACACUUAUUUUAAUAAAAUGAUUUUUGUUUUGUUAUUCUAAUACUUUACGGUAUGUGUUUUAUUCUUGUUUGAUUUACUUUUUUUCUCCCAAUCGCAAAUCACCUCUUAUCCAUCUAAUCAAAUACAUCAUACAGAAGUUUGUCAUCACGAGUAGCAAAUAUCAGCUCACCCUUAAUCACAGCACCGGGAUCCAUUGAAUCCAUUUCAAAAAGCUAGAUCGAACUGAGUGGUUAAUUCCUCCUUCAAAUGUAACGUAUCGUAGCACAAACAUAAAAAAAAACAUCAGCCUCAUUUAGCAACCUUCGCACUCGAAUCAGCAGCAUACUCUCGAAGCACAAUAUCGCUGCAAGUUACUUUUAAAGUUUUUAGACCCAAAAAUUAAAAAAGAAAAAGCGAAUAAUUAAAGCAAAUAAAUCAUCUUUGUAAAUAAAAAAAAACACUUCGAUUGCUGGUAAAAAAGGCCAGCUUAAAACAACAUUACGCACAUACACAUCAUCACAAAAUCAUAAGAAAUUCAAUGGAACAAGAAGACCAUUCCAACGAAGUUGUUAAUGGAACAUAAGUAGUAAAAAUCUCAUCACUAGUAAAUCAACAGCGAUCGGCUAAAACUAAUCACGAAACGGCGCAUUCCGUGGGUUUCAUCGCGGAGAAAUACCCCAUAGGAAAGCUAAUUAAUCGCCAUUGUUGGCAGCAAAAUUACUAGAUAUCCCUUUGUCCAAAGCGCUAGCAACAGGACCACGCAAAAGUGUCAUAAGUAUUUGCAAAGGCAAUCUUCAACACCGGAUCCUUAAAAUCCUCGACAUAAAGUCUUUGACUCGAACUCGAACCAAAUGGCCGCCGGAGGGUCCGGAAAACAUUUGGCGCGGAAAGAAUAGAAUAAAACGGAGUUCCAAUCAUACAUAAAUUCUACGAUAAUCUCUUAUAUUUAACGGAAAAGAAAUUUACCUACCACAAAAACUACCAAAUCCUAACGAAGGUCUCUAGCUAAGUAGCGAGUAAAGGGAAAUUAAUAUCAGUAGAUAGCAAACAACGAUUAACCCAAAUCCCGGACAGGGGGGACCGUACUUACACGACAUUUUCAAGCUAAUUUCCUUCCCUCUUUGCGCUAGGCAGCCACUAUUCAAGCGUUGGCGCUAGUUGUACAAAUACAAGACUUGUCGCGUACACGCUUGCCGUUUUGCUUGUUUAUUUGUUACUCCCGUUUUCUAGAACUUCCCCCAUUUUCACAUUUACUAUACCGCCAACGUAACGGAAAACCAGCGCAAUGAAUUGAAUUAAUACAAUGAAGAAAAACAGGAUGAUAAUAUAAAAUUGUUAGAAAAAACCUUCUAUCAGCUGCCCGGAAACAGUCGGACAGUUUCAUAAUCGAAUCGUUUUUUUUUUAAUCGUGUCGAGUGUGACUUUGCAAACACAUACAAGCUCUCCCGGUCAUGUAGAUAGACAAACGUUUUAACAGUUUCCGAACGCGCAAAUUAUAGUCAAAUAUACAGAGAGCGGUUUUUUCGACGAACGAUCGGAUCGUUCACUAUAGGCCACACCUAUAGGUACCAGAUAAAGCAUACAUUAGCUCAGUUUAGUCGUAAAGAACCCGCCAGCGCGAGUGGUUUCCAGUCGAGUGAGAGGAAAAUCGAUGGAAGGCCAUCAAACCCAAACAUCAGCAACAAAACUGUACCGUACUUAAUCGCAGUUAUUGGAUGAUUCAAUAUUAGAGUUAUUUAAAGCAAAGGAUUACUAAUCGAUUCAUUGCCCUGAAAUGGGGCCCGGAAAUACAGUAGGAUUCCCUAAACGUACAAGGGACAGUUUUGGAUAAUUGGCUGAAAAUUUAAAACAGGGCAAACGUUUGCAUAGAAAGCACAGCAAGCUGCGGAUGAAAACCAAUGGAAAGAAAGAAGUGAAACAGUAAUCCCGCUCUGUUGGGGAAGGGGAUGUUUUGCGUUUCACUGUUAUGAAAGUAAAAAUAAAGACUAAAGGACUAUGAUAUUACUUACCACAAAA